UAUAUUUUGCACGAAAUGUUUGUUUGUUGUGAAAAAGUUCCAACACCAGCAGUUUUGUUUUCGAGUCGAGCAUGUCAAAAGAAGCGGCUCCACAAUAGUCAAAGAAAAAUGAUCAUUCCAGUCCGAUGUUUCACCUGUGGUAAGGUGGUGGGUAACAAAUGGGAAGCUUAUCUUGGACUUCUACAAGCUGAGUACUCUGAAGGUGAUGCUUUAGAUGCUUUGGGACUUAAACGCUACUGUUGCAGACGGAUGCUACUUGCUCAUGUAGAUCUGAUUGAAAAACUCCUGAACUAUGCUCCACUUGAAAAAUGAUAGAAUUUGCCGACUGUUUUGCUGUUAAUAAGUUAAUAGUGGCCACAGUUGGACAAGAGGAUGCAAUCUACCGGCUGUUUUUGAAUGGAUCCAAUCAUCCUAUCACUGUAUUUCAGUUAGGAUGACAACUAUUGUACUUCAUAACUGCUACCGCCAGUAUCAUAUUUAUUAUCCAAGAGAGAAGUUUUUAUGUAAAUAAUAACAGACAUAUUGGUUGGUUUUCAUUUUGUGUGUGUCUUCAAAAUGUAUUGAUAAUUGAUUGUUUAUCAUUUUUAUGCAUUCCCAAUAAUAAAGAACAGGAUUUUUUUUUGAAUAAAAUUUGUCAUACAUUGACAUUUACUUGCAUGUAAAAA